CAUUUCUACACAAUUGUAUUUUUUGAACCAUUGGUUUCCCAAACUUUUCAUUUGUGUUUUUUCUCAAAUAAAUAAUUGUCAAACAGUAAACUUUACUGUAAUAGGCAUUCAGCCAUUUUUUAUCCUACAUAAUUACCUUCAUUACAACAAAGCGCCACUUGCAGGUACAAUAGACACGUGGUUUAAUUUUGACACUUGAUAAAGGUUAUCAUUAAUAAUUGUUUUCUAAAAAUAGAAAUAAAUGAAAAAGGAAAGAUAAGAAAUAUGCCGCAUAAAAAAAGCCAAGGAAGGGGUAAAAAGAUUAAAGAAAAGGAGAAAGAGAAAAAAGAAAUUAAAAAUGAUGAUCAAUAUUUUGAAGAUAUUAUAGAUAUUGAUGAAAAUGUUACAAAAGAUUUUAACUUUCUGGUAAAUGCUCCAGUUUCUGAAGAUGACCAUUUUGUUUUUGAGUCAGAAAAAAGCUGGGAUGUUGAUAUUUCUAAAUAUUCUGAAUAUUUUACACUUGACUUAAAUACAUUAGCUGCGGCAAUAGAGUCAAUACCAUUUAAUGAAAAUGUUGAUAUCGACACAAAGUAUUUCACUAAUGAUCAGUUAACAAAUAUUUAUAAUAAUGCAGAACUGGGUAAAAGAAGGUAUAAUAAAAUCUUAAGCAAUUUAGAAACACCCAUUACAAAUAACCCAAAAAAUGAAGAAAGUCAGGAUUCAGUAGAAGACUCAGCUGAGGAAUUAGAUUUUUUAUUAUCUCUUCAAGAACCUGUAAAUGAACCUUCAAAUAUUUUGAAAUCCUUGCCUGGAGCUUACAAUACUGAUUCAAAGUUAGUAUCUAAACCUGGUACAUCCACUAAACCUAUGGAUUUAGAAAAAUGGUUGGAUUCUGUGUUAGAUGAUUAAGUUUAAUAAAUUUCAACUUUUGCCAUUUUUGGUAAUAAGGGUACCCUUGUAUAAUGUAUCACCUUGAGGACCUUGAAUGCGACUUUUAGCAACAUCAAAAGGUAUAUUCAUGCAAGAUGCCACUGUUCCUGAUAUAAAACCUAUGGUAAACUAACAAAUUUAUGUGGAUUAGACAGAGUAUCUACAUUUGCAACAUAGGUAACUUUAUAAUUGUUAAAUACUAAAGAUAUAAUAACAGAAUAUACCUUAGUGAAGAAUUCUGAAACAUACUCUGUGUGUUUCUGUAAUUUAGGAACAAUAGAAUGGUAAAUGCCAAAGUAAAAAGCAUUAAAAACAGAAUUUCUCAUUA